UAGGGAGGGCCUGACCUAAUACCCGGUUUCAUAUCUUGCCGAUUCAGUGCUUCCCAGAUUCUCCGGCGGUGUCCGUAGGUGAUUCGAAACAGAGCCCGAGUAUAGUAUGCAGGGUUACUCUGUAAGCGUAAGUUCACGCAAAGCUCCCAACUUUUUCCAAAUUUCUCAGCACCCAAGGAUUCCAAUACACUCUUAUCUUCUAUCUUUCAUCGCUUCCAAAUUGAGCCCAUCCCGCAUUAGGGUUCCUCCUACUCGUGUUUCUGUCACUCCUUAUCGCCGAGAUUUAGCUAUACUCAAGGUACAUGCAACUGCUGCAGAGACUGAACAGCCAAAAUGGUGGGAGAAAAGUGCCCCAAAUAUGGUUGACAUCCACUCAGCAGAAGAAUUUCUAGAUUCUUUAAGUAAAGCUGGAGAUAGAUUAGUUAUUGUUGACUUUUAUGGUACAUGGUGUGCUUCUUGUCGAGCAUUGUUUCCCAAGCUUUGCAUGAUCGCUGAAGAACAACCGGAAAUACUUUUCUUAAAGGUGAAUUUUGAUGAGAACAAGUCAUUGUGCAAAAGCUUAAAUGUUAAAGUGCUUCCAUUUUUUCAUCUCUAUAGAGGAGCCAAUGGCCUUGUGGAUUCUUUUUCUUGCUCUCUUGCCAAGCUCCAGAAAUUAAAGGAUGCAAUUGCAACAUACAGUCCAGAGAAUUUGCUAAAAGACAUUGAUGAUGAAAGUCACAACUUUGGUGGAAUAUCUGCAUCUCAUAAAAACACGUCAUCUGGAUCUUCUGCUCCGGUGUAGAAUUUUGCUGCAAGGACUGUUUGGUGAUAUGGCAUGGAUUCCUAACCAGCUUCUGUGAAUUGUCUGCAUCAUCAAAUAAUCUGUCAUCUUGUAUUUCCUGAAUGUUUAAUUAUCAUCAAAUUCCAUAGUUUGACAGAAGAUGAGUGGCGUCUGGUUUGAAUUCUUUGUACAUAACUGUUCUCACAGCAUUAAUGCAAAUUUACAGUAAAGUUGGCACUGUAAAUUUGAUCAUUCUUUCGCAAUUAUUUUCUUUCAAGACCCGACUUCAUUUCUUUU